GGCCGAGGCGGCCGCUUCCGCCCUCCGUAGCCCUCGCGGGAUUUGCGGGGGCCGCUCGCCCUUCCGGGUCCGCGCGGCGGCUGGCGCCGGCCCCCGCGCGCGGCGAUGGCGGCGCCGAUGGCGGCGCCGGGCUCCGAGGAGGCGCGGGCCAGCGGGGCGCUGGGGGCGGCCGGCGGCCCCGGCCCGCCGCCGCACCCCGGCCCGCCGCCGCACCCCGCGUCCGGCCCCGGUCCCCCGCUGCACCCCGGCGUCGCGCGGCGGCGCGGCCGGACGCUGCUGGUGCGGCACCUGCCCGCCGAGCUGGCGGCGGCGGAGAAGGAGGAUCUGCUGAAGCACUUCGGCGCGGUGGCCGUGCGCGUCCUGUCAGACCACGGGCGGCUGAAACAUACUGCUUUUGCUACAUUCCCCAGCGAAAUUGCAGCUGCAAAGGCCUUGUCAAGACUGCAUCAGCUGAAACUUUUAGGUCACACUUUAGUUGUUGAAUUUGCGAAGGAGCAAGAUAGCAUACAGGUACUUAGCCAGCCUUCACUCUCAGAGAAGAGUAAAAGCUCAGAGGAGCCAGUGAAAGAAGAAGAGAAGAAAGAAUCAAGCUGUCUUAAAAUAGACAAUGGAAUUGCUCCCAGCCAUGGCCUCACCUUUCCCAUCAAUUCUUGCCUCAAAUAUUUGUAUCCACCACCUUCAAGUACAAUUCUAGCAAAUAUAGCAAAUGCUUUGGCAAGCGUGCCCAAAUUCUAUGUACAGGUACUUCAUCUUAUGAAUAAAAUGAAUCUUCCUCCACCUUUUGGACCAAUUACUGCUCGUCCUCCUAUGUAUGAAGAGUAUUUACCAGUGCCUGUGCCACCUCCCCCAAUCCCACCUCUGCCUCCUGAAGAGCCACCUUUGCCUGAGGAGGAAGAAGAGCAAGCAUCUAGUGGAGAAGAAUCAGAGUAUGAAAGUGAUAGUGAGGAAAAAGAGAGAAUGACCAAGUUGAUGGAAUUAGCAACCCUUCAGCCUAAAAGACCAAUAAACACGAAGAGGCGUGGUGUUAGAAAAAAACAAAGAAUUAAAGACUUACUGAAUGUUCCUGUGUGCACUCCCCACAGUAAUUUGCACCCUACACUGUCACCUUCAGAUGUCUUUGAACAGCCUCAACAUAUAGGUCAUAAAAAAAUUGAAUUUCAUAUUACUACUGACAUCCCAGCUGUUCUUCAGAUAAACUCAGAAAGAGAAGAAAAAAAUGAUCUUUAUGCAACCACAGAAGAAAUGAAUAAUGCAGGAUUUGGAAAGAUUUUCCCAACUCCUAUCUCAAAUGAUACAAUGGAAUUGGAAGAGGAGAAUGAUGAAAUACCAUCAGAAUUUAUUUCUAGAAGGGAACUAGAAAAAAACAGACUUUCUAGAGAAGAAAUGGAAAAAUUUUCUGUUUUCAAAAACUAUGAGGCAGGUGAUCCAAAUUGCAGGAUAUAUGUGAAGAAUUUAGCCAAACAAGUUCAAGAAAAGGAUCUCAAGUUCAUUUUUGGAAGAUACGUUGACUUUCAGUCAGAAAUGGAACGAAAUAUGUUUGAUAUACGUUUAAUGAAAGAAGGCCGUAUGAAGGGACAGGCUUUCAUCGGACUACCUAAUGAAAAAGCAGCUGCUAAAGCUUUAAAAGAAGCAAAUGGAUAUGUGUUAUUUGAAAAACCCAUGGUGGUUCAAUUUGCUCGUUCAGCUAGACCAAAACAGGAUUCCAGUGAAGGGAAAAGAAAAAAAUAGAACACCACAAAAGAAACAUUCCUGCGUAAAUACUGCAGUAAUACUGUCAUGCAGAGUGUAUCCUUUCUUGUUGUAUCCUUUUUUGUACAAUGUUUCCCAUAGCACUCUACCUCUUAAGUUUUCUUUUAGAGUAGGUGUGGGGAGGAGUUUACACAUUUUAGAGCUUGAACUAAUCCCGUAACUUUAAAAACAAAUGGCACUUCUUCAGGGGAAGGAAUUAAUGAGUUGUCUCUAUUGCUUGAAUGGACAUAAUGAAGUUACCUAGUCUCAAAAUGUGAUCUCUGCAUUCUUCCUCAAAGGCUGUAAACUUCUUUAAUUUGCAGUCUAAUUGUGGAGCUGUGCUGGUCUCACACUGAGAAUUUCUUCUUGUUUUUCUUUAAUAAAAUAUCUGUUGGUUAAAAAACAUUGCAAAGCAGUCCAUUAAAUUACUACAGUGUUGAGCUGUAUUUUAGAACAUUUAAUGAUUACUGUUGUCCUGGUUUAUGAGCAACAAUCCCUAGUUGAUUUACUUUGAACAUUUCUAAUUUUUUAGAAUAGAGAACAAAAUCUAACAGUGUCUCACAAUGAAGUAAUGGAGCUUGAAAUGAAGUUAUUAAUCAUUGCUGCUUUUUUGUUUUUUUUUAGAUUUUCUGCAUUGUGGUAGUGUUGUUGGCAGUGAUUUAUAUUUUUUUUGUGAAUUUUGUGUUACAUUAUUCUGUUUAAUUCAUAUUAAUAUAAAUUUUAUACAGCCUGUUAUAUAUUAAGUUAAAUUUUUUCAGAGAUUCCAUGCUUUUCUAAAUAUCAAGCAUCUUCCAAUUUAGCUGUCAAAAGAAAGCGCACACCCUUAUUUUCUGGUCAUUCGUACUUUUAACAUGCCUUUAUGAUGUUCCAGGUCGCUUUUGUGUUCCAUCUCUUUCAAGUAUUAUCAAGCUGAGAGAAGAAGCAGUGAUCAUCAGGACUCUUGAACUGUGCGUAGUAGCAUUUCUAAACUAUUUAAGACAGAGUAUAAAUUUGCUCAUCUAAAAGAUUCCAGAUGUCUUUAAACAGUCACAGGACUUUUAUGACAAGUGUAUGCUAAUUUGCUUGUAAAAUCUCUAAUAAAUUAUUCCUUUCUCUUCA